UGGUUCAUCAGACUGUACGCAUUUUGAUUCUCUUCGUGAUAUGCAUGUUAGUACAACUAACUGUAUCUAAACGAUAUCACAAACCUAAUAAAGCCGUUGGUAAAAAAUUGUCCCAGGAGUACUCAAAGUUUGAUCGUCGCUAUCCGUUCGAAUUCGGUUUUAAUUAUUACUACCAGGGGGACAUCCUGCUCCCGGCUCAAGAAAGCCGAGUUGUGAUUCGCCAGGAAGCUGCGCGAUGGCCUGAGGCUACCGUACCGUACAAGAUUGUCGGCAAUUUCAGCUUAUUCGAGAAGAUGACGCUCAAAUCGGCAAUGGAUCAGUACCAUUCGAAAACAUGUGUGCGAUUCGUCGAAUACACUAACCAACCGUAUUUCAUUACCAUUUCGAAUGGUGAUACCGGAUGCUACUCGUAUGUUGGAUUUCACGCGAACAAUCUCUACCACCAGGUAAACUUGCAAACUCCUUACUGCAUGUACCGUGUCGGUACUCCGGUACAUGAGCUGCUGCAUGCUUUGGGAGCGUUUCACGAAUUUAGCCGACCGGAUCGGGAUGAUUGGAUUUCUAUCAAUCGGAGCGCUUUACUGCCGGAAUAUCAAACGGAUCAGUUUUUCGAAAAUAAUUUUGUAGUUUUGCCAAGUGACCAAGUACUGACGUACAAUAUCGCCUACGACUAUGGUUCUGUUAUGCACUACUCACGGUAUGCUGGAGCUGCUAGUCCCAACAGUCCAGUGAUGAUCAACAAGAAGCCGUGGUUCGGCGAUUUUGGUAGCGAAACCGGCCUGAAGCAGUCCGACAUCACGAUGGUGAACGCGAUGUAUUGCAAAAAAUAAUGUGACAAUAUUAAAAAAAUAUAACACGUA